GGCGGGUGAUCCGAAUGCCUCGACCCAGGAAGACGUUUGUAUGCUAGCCAACAUGUAGGUCGCUUCUAACGCGAUUUUAGGUGGGCUCAGCUCAAGUCAUGUCUGCGGCUGACAUGUCGGCGGUGUUGGACAUCCUCCGGUCUCUGUAUCGGCACACGCAGACGCUGGAGGAGUUCGCCGACAGCAUCGAGUUCAAGGAAGGAAAGAAGCUGGUACUGGUUGAGCAGUCAGACUCGAACCGCUUCAAGACCUUCGUCCGAGGAGUGUUUGUGUGCUUCGAUAAGGAGCUACAGCAGGUCCCCAGCUGCAGCCAGAUUUGCACCCUGCCAGAGCUCCUGGCUUUCGUUCUCAACGCCAUGAAACGGAAAAGACGAAGAAACGUCCUCGCACACGGCUACAACCUGCUGGCCCUGGCGCAGGAGGACCAGGACGCCGACCACUUUAAAUUACAGGGAGACCUGACUCUGAGUGCCGCCUACGUCCACGGCAGUGACCUGUGGAACAAGGUGACUUUACGCCUGGGCACCGACGUCAUGCGGCACCUGCUGGAGAGCUGCUCCGUGUUCGUGGCGGUGCCCCCUUCGUGCGUUUUCCAGGUGUGUGGCGGCCCGGUGUACGACAGGGUGUCCACGAGCCCUGCCUCGAGUGGCUUUCGUCUUCAGCCUCCAUUCAGGAGGCGCUGUGCUCCGUUCGGAAGAAAUCGAAGGUCGCCGAGCGUCAGGGGAAGACGGCAGGUUGAUAACCUGGCUGAAAGCAAGAUGACGAGGAGACGAAAGGAAGGAGCGAAUAAGAGGAAAAGAAAGAGGCGACCCGAUCACCUGGAGGAGGGGGCGGCGCCUUCCUCGGGGAAGAGGAGGCGGUUGGCCAACGGAGAAAGGGAUCAGGGACAAACGGUUGAGGAAAGCCAGGCCAGGUCUCCGGAACCAGCGGCGUCUGGGAAAAACGUGGAAAAGGGUGCGGCUGGGUUCAAACAGCCAGCUGAGGUGCCAGCCGCCGUGAUCCCCUCGGAGGGCGGCCCCAGCUGGAGAUCGGGGACUUUCCCCCCUUUGCCCCCCUCACAGUGUUUCAUCCGGAACCUAGGAUUCCUGUACGGCAACAGAGGCCUGCACAGCUUCCUUUUGAACAGGAAGAAAAAGAGUGCAGAGGGACCCCGGCGGUUACAGGGCGCAGACUUGGUCCGGAUCGUCUUCUUCGAGGGUGUGACGUACUUAAACGGGUUGGAGAAGAAGCCGAAGAAGCUCCCCCGGAGGUUCUUCGGCAUGGUUCCCCUCUUUAGUCGGCUGCUGCAGCAACACAGGAAGUGCCCCUACGGCAGGAUUCUGCAGAGGAUCUGCCCCUCACUCAAAGGUGGCGGCACAGGACCCGAGGAGCUGAACUCCCUUUUACCCAAACACUCUGCGCCCCAUCGGGUCUACCUGUUCGUCAGGGCGUGCCUCUCUGCUGUGAUCCCACGAGAGCUGUGGGGCUCGGACCACAACCGCGUUCAUUUCUUCGCCAGAGCCAGAGGCUUCCUGCUCAACGGCAAGUUUGAGAGGCUGUCGCUGGCCGAGCUGAUGUGGAACAUGAAGGUGAACGACUGCGACUGGUUGAAGAUCAGUAAAAGCGGCCGGAUCCCACCCAGCGAGCUUGCGUACCGGACGCAGAUCCUGGGUCAGUUCCUGGCCUGGCUGCUGGACGGCUUCGUGGCGGGCCUCGUCCGAGCCUGCUUUUACGCCACGGAAAGCAUGGGGCAGAAGAACGCCGUCAGGUUCUACCGACAGGACGUCUGGGCCAAACUUCAGGACUUGGCUUUCAAAGGUCACCUCGCCAAAGGCCAGAUGGAGGAGUUGUCUCCGGCGCAGGCGGCGUCUCUCCCCAAAGGCACCGUCAUCUCCCGACUUCGCUUCAUUCCCAAAACAGACGGCAUGCGGCCCAUCACACGAGUAGUAGGGACAGAUCCCAAAACAAGGAUGUUCCGGGCUCGGGUGCGGGACUUGCUGGACUUGCUGAGGGUCUGUGUGCGCUCCACCCCGUCCCUCCUCGGCUCCACGGUGUGGGGGAUGACGGAUAUUCACAAGGUGCUCUGCUCGCUGGCACCAGCCCAGAAAGACAAACCGCAGCAGCUCUACUUUGUUAAAGUGGAUGUGAGUGGAGCCUACGAGAGCCUGCCACACAGCAAACUCAUGGAGGUGAUUGGUCAGGCCCUGUCCCCCAUCCAGGAUGAGCUCUUUACCGUCCGCUGCUAUGCCAAGAUCUGGGCCGAUUCCUACGAGGGCCUGAAAAAGGCCUUUGUUAGACAGGCAGGUUUUCUGGAGGACAACGUGGGGUCCACCAACACGAAGGGGUUUUUAAUGUCGCUGCAGAAGACGGGAAAGGUCCACCAUGCUAUCCUUGUGGAACAGCAUCUCGGCUCUAAUCUCCGAGGCAGAGAAGCUGCACAGUUCUUCACCCAAAUGCUAACGGGCAGCGUCGUUCAGUACGGAAAGAAGACGUACCGCCAGUGCCGAGGGAUUCCUCAGGGAUCGGUCGUGUCCAGCCUGCUCUGCUGUCUGUGUUACGGCCACAUGGAGAACGUCCUGUUCAAAGACGUCACCGAAAACGGCGGGUGUCUGAUGAGAAUGGUGGAUGACUUCCUCCUCGUUACUCCAGACCAACACAAGGCCCAAACCUUUCUGAAGAUCUUGCUGGCUGGAGUACCACAGUACGGCCUUGUGGUCAACCCACAGAAGGUGGUGGUCAACUUCCAGGUAUCCGGAAGCGUGGGCUCCUGUCCCGGCAUUCGCGUGCUGCCUCCCCACUGCCUCUUCCCGUGGUGCGGGCUGCUGCUGGACACCCACACCCUGGACGUCUAUAAAGACUAUUCAAGCUACGCCGGCCUCUCGCUGCGAUACUCCCUCACUCUGGGUUCUUUCCAUUCAGCUGGACAGCAAAUGAAGAAGAAGUUGAUGGCCAUCCUCAGACUCAAAUGCCAUGCCCUCUUCCUGGACUUGAAGACUAAUUCCCUUGAAGCUGUCUACAGGAACAUCUACAAGCUGGUGCUGCUGCAUGCAUGCAGGUUUCAUGUAUGUGCCCAGAGUUUGCCCUUUGGUCAAACAGUUGCUAAGAAUCCACGUUACUUCCUGCAGAUGAUAUGGGACAUGGCUCAGUAUGGCAAUAAGCUCAUCAGGUCCAGCAACAAGGGGCUAAUUUUAGGCGGCAAAGCCCAAACGGGCGUUGUGCAAUACGAGGCAGUGGAGCUGCUCUUCUGUCUGAGCUUCCUGCUGGUGCUCUCACAACACCGUCAGCUCUAUAAGGAUCUGCUGACGCACCUGCACAAACGGAAGCGCAGUCUGGAGCGACAGCUGGGGGAUUUAAGGCUAGCCAGGGUUCGUCAGGCCUCCAACCCGAGGACCCCCAAGGACUUCUUGGCCAUCCAAAUGUAAACCAUCGUGUA